UUACAGCAGUAAUAAUGGAGGGGACGUUUAGCUGAAGUUAGCUAAACUGCCUGCAGCUCAGUGCCCAUAUUAGAGGCAUCCGACUUCCAGAGGGGGGAUGUCUCGGCACACCGGGGAGACGGAGGCUCGGCGGCCGCUACUCGUCGGAGCUCACCUGGAUCCGCGUGAGCUGGACUCGGAUGAAGGUGAAGUAAUUUUCGAGAGGAGAGCGUCAAGCGUCACACACGGAGAGGGAGGGAGCACACUGAGAAAACUAACAUAUGAGGAAGCAGUAGAGGAAGCAGGUUUUGGUUUGUUCCACUGGCUGCUGCUGGUGGUGUGUGGUUGGGCCAAUGCCAGCGACGCCGUGGAGAUCCUCUGUGUGUCUUUUCUCCUGCCAACAGCGCGCUGUGAUCUCCUGCUGAGCUCUUCAGACAUGGGCCUGCUGACGGCCAGCAUUUUCCUCGGAAUGAUGGUGGGUGGCUACAUGUGGGGAUACUUAGCUGACCAGAAGGGCCGCCGCAAGGUCUUGAUCGUGUCCCUGACAGUAAACGGGCUGUUUGGAGGUCUGGCCAGUGUGGCUCCAUGGUUCUGGCUCUUCCUGCUGCUGCGGUUCAUCAGUGGCAUUGGCGUCGGUGGGUCGAUCCCGGUCAUCUUCUCCUACUUCUCAGAGUUCAUGCCCCGUCUGAAGAGAGGUGCCAUGAUCAGCGCUCUGGCCACCUUCUGGAUGGCAGGAAACAUUCUGGCUGCAGGUCUGGCCUGGCUGGUGAUUCCUAGAACGUGGGCACAUUUUUCUCUGAGCGGGCUGGACUUCCAGAGCUGGAGGCUAUUUGUGGUGCUUUGCUCAGUUCCCAGCAUCACCUCGGCCAUCCUCUUCAAGCUGCUCAUGCCUGAAAGCCCUAAGUUCCUCAUGGAGGCUGGCCGGGAGAAAGAUGCCAUCCGUGUCUUCAGAGUGAUGUUUAAGCUGAACAUGAGGGGAACAAGAAAGUGUUUCGCGAAAUUUGGUCUGCAUACAAGAUCUAAGCAAAGAGGGCAACUGGAGGAGAACAGAAUUUGUGGUUCACGUCGACAACGUCUUGCAAGUUUUUUAGAAAAGGGCUUGGUGCCCAUUAAACAGAUGUUCCGCGGCUCGCUUAAAGCCAGGAGCAUCGUUCUGCUCAUCAUUUUCUACUGCAUCUCCUUUGGUUACUACGGGCUGUGGAUGUGGUUCCCUGAGCUGUUUGACAGAGUCGAGGACGGCGGCUCUCCCUGUGCCAACGUGUCCCACCCUUCUCCUAACAGCAACCAGAGCUGCUACCCUGUCAAGACAGCAGUAUACAUGGAAGGCUUCGUCAUCGCUGCCUCGAACCUCCCAGGAAACAUCUUCACUAUUCUAAUGAUGGACAGCACUGGAGGGAAGGCGCUGCUUUCCGGCAGCCUGUUGGUGUCCAGUGUGAGUGUCUUCUUCAUCUAUGUGGUUAAGACCAAAACUCACAGCCUGGUUCUGUCCUGCAUCUUCAGCGGAGUGUCAGUGAUCGCCUGGAACGCUCUGGAUGUGGUGGGAACUGAGCUCUUCCCGACGCAGCUACGGUCCUCUGCUCUCGGUUUCUUCACAGGAGUGGGCCGAGUGGCAGCGAUCAUGGGUAACGUAGUCUUUGGAAAGCUGGUGGACACCAACUGUGCCGUCCCGAUCCUGCUGGUGUCGGCGCUGCUGCUGACCGGAGGACUGGUGGCUCUUCUGCUUCCACAAACCAAACAGACCGAGCUCACCUGAUCGCUCACAUUGUUUUAGACGCACACAUUAUCUGCAAACAUUCCCUUCACGUCGUCGUGGAAGUAGAGUGACGGAUCGCUGCCUUUAAAGCCCUCUGAUCUCGUAUCUCCUGUUUCUGCUCCCGUUGAGGUUUGAAUCCUGUGCCUUCUUUCAUCUGUCUGUGCCUUUUAUGGUGCCUCAUUUAAAAUGCCAACUAUAAGAAAAAAUUGUCAAAGGACAGUCGUCUCUCUCUGCUUACCAAGAAUUAUUAUUCAGGAAAGCACAGAAAGAAAUGUAGGUGCGUUAUACAUCGUGAGUUUGUGAGGAUUCAGAUCCUUACUGUCAAGGACACCUUUAGAAAGUUUGUCCAAAAAUCAUCCCUUCUACGUCAGAAAACUAGAGCUGAACAUGAUUGUGUAAAAUAGCUGGAGUCUAAUCAGUUUUUUGUUUGUUUUUGUCAGCAUGAACACAAAAGCUUGGCAUCAUCAGACGAAUGCAUGAAGGGGCGUUAGUGCCGCGCUCCUCCAUACACUCAUUGUGUCCAACCUGCCCCUUAUUAGACAAACAGCUGUGAUUGGACCGGCGGGCAACGCCAGGUAGGAUUCUGUUUUAACAAGAAGUAGGGCAGAUCAGAGCAGAUGAAACAUGAGCUGUCAGACUAUCCUGGUUUCCAGGAUACAGAAAAGUAUCUCAAAGGAGGUUUUAGAUGUUUACACGCCAUGUCUGAUUACUCAAGAGAUUUGGAUGAACGAUAAAAGAUAUAAAAAUCAUGAACAUUCCACUUCAUUCCUGCAGUAUCUGUUUUACAGUGUAAAGGCCUUUCACAGUUGUUUUUCAGUCUCACUUACCUGCACAGCCAUGGUAAUUACCAAACAUGUGUAGCUUUAAGUUUGCAACAUGGCAUUUAAAAGAAAAGAGAAAAACGCUCUUUCUAAAAAUCAUAUACAGACCUGUGCACACAGUAGAUUUCAUGGUGCCCAAUCUGUCAUUUUCUUGCACAAACUAGAUGUUGCUACUUCAGUUCAUUCCAGUUUGAAAACCAAAGAUCGCUCAUGUCAGAUCAAUCUUAAGAAAAGGGCACCAAUGAAUUAAACCCUUUGUAUCAGCUGGAGAGGCCACAGUGCUCAUGGGCUCAUAUUCCCAUCAGGGAUUUUUUGAAAGGUGUUUGUUUUCAGACACAUUUCAAAUAGCUUUGUAACUACUGAAGUUGAUUUUUUAUUUUAAAUAAACACUGCUUUUGUUAAUCUCA